UAGAACACUGCAAAAUCAAGAUGGCAGCCCCCAUGAGAACUUUGGGAAACCUCGCAGCGGAAUCGACCGUAUUUUUCCUGUGCGAUAUGCAGGAGAAAUUCAAACCUGCUAUUAAGUAUUUUUCGGAUAUAGUGGAAGUCGCAAAGAGGCUGACAGAAACGUCAAAGAUUUUGGAAAUUCCACUGAUUGUUACAGAGCAGUAUCCAAAAGGUCUUGGAAGCACUGUGUCCGAUCUGGACAUUACACACGCAGUGGGAGUGUUUCCCAAGACUAAGUUCUCUAUGGUCCUGCCCCCUGUGGAAGAGGAACUGCAGAAGCGACCAAAUCUGAGAUCAGUUGUUCUCUUUGGGAUUGAGGCCCAUGUGUGCGUUCAGCAAACUGCCCUGGAUCUCUUAGCGAAGGGGUUGGAGGUUCACAUUGUGGCAGACGCCUGCUCUUCAAGGAGCAUGAUGGAUCGACAGUUUGCAUAUGAGAGACUUCGGCAGGCCGGAGCAAUAGUCACCACCAGCGAAGCCGUCAUAUUCCAGCUGCUAGGCGAGUCCAAGCAUCCCAAGUUCAAGGAGGUUCAGGCUCUGGUCAAAGCUGUAGCACCGGUCUCGGGGCUUGCGCCUAAUCUAUAAAUGUCAUCCGUACUCUUAGGUAUACAGUCAAGUCCAUAGAGCUGUGAAGUGCCAAAUGCACUGACAAGAGUUUUUCUACACAGCCAAAAAAAAGUUAUAAGGUGAAAAGAUCAUGCCUAAUGCUUAAUCUUCACUGUCAUUUUUUACACGUUUAAUACUUUUCUUCAAUAUUUGAGAGCUGUAUUGCUGAAGUGAUAAUAUUGGGUAAUUUUGUAUGGAAUAUAGAAAGUAUCAGAAUGAGACUGUGUACAUUGCUUCCUCCUCAAUUAUGUGGUUGCACAAGUAAACUUUGAGACAAUUUUGAAAAGAGGAAAGUAACAAGAAGGCUCGAUAGGAGAGUGGCCCAAGUGGGGAGUAAGUAGUAUGCCAAGAAGAGCUUAGAAGUAGUAUCACUGCAAGAGGACAGUAUUGGUAAACAAACAGAAUCAAAUAACAUAGAAGCCGAUGGGAGAGUGGGGAGUAGGUAGUAUGAUCGUAAGAGCUCAGAAAACAGUCUCUUCCAAUAUAUCAAACUAAAACGAAAAUUCCAAGGAUCUAUUGAUUUGUUCCCUGCUACAGAAUGUGUAUUUUGUACAUUUUGCAUGUUCUUUUAUUUUUCAAGAUUAAAAAAUAAAACGCUUGCCUGUCUAAAUCAAAUUUGUAAAAUGACCAUUUUCCUACAACUCACUUCCUCAAUGCAUUUAGUUUUACCAAAUUGUGGUAAACAUGAUUGCUUAAGGACACACGAACAAUGCUCUGAAGACUUGUCUGCUUCUGUUCCAAAAAUCCCAAGUUAAUAAUUGUUUGAACUAAGUCAUGGACUUCUUGAGUGUCAUAUCAACUUAAUCAUUAAUUUUAUUUGAUUAUUUGUAAUGUACCAACGUUCGUGUACUUUUUUCACCAAACCUCCUGAACAUAACAGAAUAAAACACAUCAACAUUUGGAAUUUUAUAAUCAUAUUUUAUUCAAUGUAAUGCUUAAUAUUUAUAGAAAAUUUCCAUCUCUUUUUAUAAAAUUAUACUUUAUCUUUACAGAAAUGCAUAGACCAUCAGCAAAAAUGAGGCUCAACAAAUAUUUAGUGCAAGAAUAGAUUGUAUAAAAGGAGUUAUCGUUCACCAAUUUUUUUCGAAAAACCAUAAAGUAGCAGCAAUUCAUAUUUGACAAGUUAAAAAAAAAAAUGUGUAAAAUAAAUCUACGAUUUUGGUCAAACCAACACUAUAUGUCAUGUUGGUAAAAUUUACCAGAAAAACUCUUUAAAAGGUACAACUUAUCCUGAUUUUUUUCUCUCCAAAAUUUUACUUGCAGACUAGUAACUGAAGUAUCUACGUCAGACGGUUAAAACAACUUUGUGUCACUUCUUGGAAAAGACAAUGACAGCGCUAAAUGUUUGGACUAUUUAGCAUAUCCAACCAAUUGUAACUAGUAAUAAAUCAUGCAUUAAUAGACAAGUUUUUUUGCAUAAUCUACAUAACUUGGCUCAUAUGUCUGCUUCAGCAUUGAACAGAUACAAGUUACAAACACAUGGUACAUGACAUCAUGUUCUCCACAUUUCUUGAAUAAACCAAAUAUUUGUUUAAUACAUUUAA